AUGGCUCCUGUGGAUGUCUCAGUCCCAUAGCAAAUCGAGGAUGCGAGCAGCUGCAGAAAAAACAACUUUUCCCCGCCCGUCGCGUCCUCUGGAGUUCGAUCCGUAUGCCGCGGAGGAGGCUCUAGCGUCCGUGUAGCCACCGAGCCGCCGUCGGAGCUCCGCGGAGCCGUCCUCGGUCCACCGAUUUGGAGUAGUUUCGCGAAGUAGCUCUUCUCCUCGCCGUCUGUCCGGAGCGAGGUUCAGGCAGGCGGGCGGGCGCAGGCAGCUCUCUCAAAUGGCCGAGCCGAGGAAAGUGCAGUUUGUCACCCUCUCGGCCUUCGCGGCCGGGGCGGCCGGGGAGUCCAGGAAACGCCGGCUGGAGGACGAGGCCGACUUCAACUUCGACGGAGCCGGGGAGGUCGAGGCAGUGACCGGGGCAGCGGGUGUCGCCGCCAGCAACGGUCGCCUCGGCAAGCCCGGCGACAGGGACAAGGCUGCCGCCGGGAGGAGGGCGACCGUGCGGCUCGUCCUGCCCCUGUCCGAGCCCGACGACCGCUCCUCCGCGGAGUUCAACUACGGGGAACUGAUCCAGAACCUGCAGGCAAAGAAUAAUCUUCCAAGCUUGACUUCAGCUCACACUCCCAGCGACCCCUUCAAUGACGAGGAGAGAGAGCGGCUGCAGGUUGAAGCCCUGGCAAAAAAGUUUGAGAAUAAAUAUGGAAACACUGGAAAGAAGAGGAAGGACAGGAUGCAGGAUUUGAUUGAUAUCGGGUUUGGCUACGAUGAGACGGACCCCUUUAUAGACAACUCAGAAGCAUAUGAUGAGCUGGUGCCGGCCUCUCUGACCACAAAGCUGGGCGGGUUUUACAUCAACACGGGCACGCUGCAGUUCAGAGCGGCCUCGGACUCCGAGGGAGAGGAGGACAAGAAGCUGAACGUUGACAAGGAGCAGGUGAUUAAGAAGAGGAAAAAGAAGGAGGUGAACAAUCUGGAGGAGAAGAACACGAAAAAGAACAAGGUCCCCAAACAAGGAGUGACGGCUCUGAACCUCCACCGGCCGGAGAAGAAGAAGAGGAAGAAGCUGAUGAAGGACUCUCUGUACCUGGCGGCCAUGCUCCGCCGUUUCACCCGGGAAAAGGAAGAGAUAAAGAAGCAGACGCCCGGCGCGGCUCACCCCGGCCUGGUGGGAGGCGUGGCUAACAAGCCCCGCGCCGACAACGCCGCCAACCACCUGCUGCCGUCCAACUGCACCCACCCGCAGGGCAAUGCCGCCGCCGCCGGGAACGACCUCUCGCUGGCGGACCUCACGUCGGACCCCGCCGUCCUGUCGCUGCUCGGCUCCGCCAACGAGAAGGAGCUGCAGGAUCUCCUGGGCGACCUGGACUUCAGCGUGCUGGACACCGACCAGCAGCACGCCAUGGUGGCAGCCAGGGAGAACGGCAUUCUGGGAGUCGGCGUUCCGCCUCCUAAAUCCGGAGGAGGAGGAGGAGGAGGAGGAGGAGGCGGCGGCGGUGGCGGCAGCCAGGGGCGAGGCCUGGGCUCGUCCGGCGGCCUGUUCUCCCCGCCUCCGCUGCCCGCCGGACUGCCUGCGCCGCUUAUUAAACGCAUCGAGGACCUGCGGGCGGCCUCGCGGCAGUUUGAUCAGGAGGGCAGGAAGAAAUUCUUCACCCUGGACAUGAAUAACAUUCUCCUGGAUAUCGAGCUGCAGGUCCAGGAGCAGCCUCCUGAGGUGCGCUCAGAGAUCUACGCACACAUGGAGGCGUUUGUGCCGUGCAACAAAGAGGCGCUGCUCAAACGCCUGAAGAAGCUCAGCCUCAACAUCCAGGACGACCGGCUGCGGACGCCGCUGCUGAAGCUGAAGCUGGCGGUGUGCAGCGUGAUGCCAGAGCAGAUAACAAAAUACAACAUGGACUGCAUGGCCAAGGUUGCAAAGCAGCAGUCGGAGGAGGGCGACAAGAACGGCUCGGAGGAGGAGGACGAGGAGAAGCCCGGGAAGCGAGUGAUGGGUCCGAGGAAGAAGUUUGUCUGGGAUGACAAGCUCAGGAACCUGCUGUGCAGCCUGGUGCGAGUGAAGCUCAGCUGCUACGAGAUGGAGAGCCAGUGCUCUCUGUCUGUGGAGGACUACCUCAAGGCCUUCCUGGAGAACGAGGUCAAACCGCUGUGGCCCAAGGGCUGGAUGCAGACCAGGAUCCUGUUCAAGGAGAGUCUCACUGUCCACAAUCACCUCACUGGAAACCUAGUCAAGAGGAGAAUGGUGCCUGGACCCAAGGCCAAAGCCAAGGAGGGUCUCUGGAUCCACAAACCUCCGCUCACCAUGACCACCUCCUCCUCCUCGCUGCCCACCUCGGCGCCCGCCCUGACCUCGGGGCGCCCGCCUCCCCCCUCCUCCUCCUCCUCGGCGCUGGAGCCCAUCUGCCUGUCGGACUCUCUGGACGAGGACCUGACGGCGCCCUCGCUGGACUCCAUCUCUCACGCUCUGGCCUUCCUCAGCAACGCGACCAAGGGCCUGUGCCCGUCGGACAGCCCCCUGUCGCCCCCGCCCCUGCAGAUGCCCACGUCGUCCCCGCCCCCCGUCGCCCCCCACUACCCCUCGGCCUCUCAGCUGUCGUCCGGUUGCGCGGCGCAGCAGCACUCCCUGUCGAAGGCGGACGGCGCGCCGCAGGCCGCCGCGCCUUCUGGGAAUUUGCCAACGACCACCACAACGCUACCGACCUCCUCGUCUACCUCCUCUUCCUCGGCUCCGGCCGCCGCCUCCAUGGCCCGCGUGCAGGCGGCGGCCCUGACGCUGGCCUCCAGGACCGCGGACGGCCACUACGGCGCCAUCAAGGGACCGGGCGCCGCGGGCCAAGCACAGACUCAGAGACACGUCGCCAUGGCGUCGCCCAAUCACAGGCCGGGCUCCGUGAUAGGCAAGAUGCCCCCGCACCCUUCCCCCUCGCCUCCGAAGCAGCGGCCCCCACCCACGGCGUCGCCGCUGCUCGCCCCGCAUCAGAAGGGCUUCGCCAGCCCGGCGGGGAUUCUGGGAACGAUGGGCGGCGCCGCGGGACUCGCCAAGAGCAGCGGAAAGCCCAGCAGCAACGGCGGCGCCGUCGCCCCCUCCUCCUCCUCCUCCUCCUCGUCCUCCUCCCCCUCCGCGCAGUCCCGCUCCAACUCUACCUCCCACCACGGCCUGCAGUCCUUCUGCCCCCCCUCCCCCGCCACCUCCUCGCCGUCCCCCACCUCCCAGGUCAAGCCUCACACGCACCACUACCACCAGCCCAACUUCAUCACGCCCAUGCAGGCCACCCUCACCAAGUCGUCCCACAGCAGCAACUCGUCGCCCAUCAUCAAACUGACGCCCCGCCCCCCGGCGCCCACCCCGCCCCCCUCCUCCUCCUCGUCCCCCUCGCCGUCCUCCUCGCCCUCGCACCCUCUGCCCCACCAGAUGAUCUCCAGCCAGCCGCAGCAGCACCAGUAUUCCCCCAAAGCGCCCAAGACGUUCCGGCCCCCCUACAGCGCGGCGGCAAGCGGCCAGGCCAAGCAGACGGCGAGCAGCCACAGCUUCGCCAGCGCCCAGAAACCUCAGUCCACCACGAGCAACAGUAGCAUCCUCAACCACUCCAGCGGCAAGGCGGCCGCGUCGGCGAUCUGCGGCCACCCCGACAAAACCCCGCCGUCGUCCGCGCCGUCGGCCUCGGCCAAUCACGGGCCGAGGCAGCGGGUGGUGGGAGGGGCCAGCCAGGCCUCGAAGGCGGGGAACGGCUGGGUGGCGUCAGGGACUCUGGCCACGUCCUCAACAACAUCACACCUCUCACAGGUAUCGACCGCCGGCUCCGCCCUCCUGGGGAACCCCUCCACCCUGCCGCUCGGCUUCGGGAUGCUGGGAGGCCUGGUGCCCGUCUCGCUGCCCUUCCAGUUCCCCUCGCUGCUCAACUUCAGCCCUCCUGGAGCCCCGGGGGCAGCCGGCAUGGGCUCGGCCCCCAGCGCCAACUCAGGAUACCCGCUAGCACAAAGCGACCUGCUGGAUCUGUAUAAGAGUCUCCAGUCAGGGUCGCAGGCUGCCCUACCUCCUCACUUGCAGCUUGCUUUCUCAGAUGCGAACCAAAGCCAGAGUGGAGACAUGAAGCGGAAACCCCACUGACCAAUCAGAGUCUCCGGAGGCGGCGCCUCCACCAAUAGGAAUCUUCAGCUCUGCGGCGACGGGGGCGGGGCUCCACGGCGGCAGCGGCGGCGUGAGGGGGCGGGGCUCCACGGCCCCAUCCGAACACGGACCUAAAGCAGAGCUACACGUGGCAAUGACAAAUUAAUUUAACUGUAUUUUCUAACGAACCGGGUAUGAGAACAAGACCGAGCGAAUGAUGAGAACACUUCUUUUCUGUUUGUUUUUAUUUGUGUCAACAUGUUUACAUACGACCGACCUUGAUCACUGUGGAAUGAGUGCGAGCGAGAGAGCGAGGCGGCGCCGGCGGCGGUACAGAGGAAGAGGAGCGCGCUACCUAGAUGAAUAAUUUAUGUUUAAGCUUACGUGGCAUCAGAGAACUUCUUCUCGCAGUACACAAAAAAAAAAAAAAAGAAGAGGAAAAACAGUAAAGUUUUAAUUUGUUUUUCUGUCUUUUGGUCUCCCGCCUGGGAAUCGUCGUGUGUAGAAGUUUAUCGUUGGUCACCUCUGCUCCCACAAAUGACUGUUAAGUAGUAGCUUAAAUAAAUAUUGAUAAAUUAUUUGUAAUUUACACAGGGACAAAAACAUGUGUGCGAGUGUGUGUGUGUGUUGAGGUUGAACAGAUUGUGUGCGUGUGUGUGUGUGUACAGAAAAGACACGCUAUACUGUUAAUGUGUGUGUGUGAGUGGGUCCGGACGCGUUUCCCCCCCUUCAAUAACGAGCGAGUGGCAGCCUGUCGCCCCUCUCUCGCUCGGUGUGUUUUUGGUGCUGUUUAAUCACACUGGACCUUUUCUGGAAAUGGAAAAAAAAAAAAAAAAAAAAAAAGACUUGAAUUGAUAAAGUUUCGGGCUCCUCGUCUGGACGGAGGAGCCGCCUGUGAGAGAGGGGAGAAACUAUAAGAUUGUAGCCUACUUGAAUUUUUUUUUCUUUUUUUUAAAAAAGAGUUAAGUUUUUUUUUUAUUAUUUACUUUAUCUGCUUACUGACUCGAACCUAUUUAAUAACAGAAAACGCCUUAGUUUGUAUUGAAAAAGUAUGAAUAAGAUCUAUGCAGGACUGUAAA